GUUCUACGUUCUGCGCAUGCGCAACCCUGGAUUAAUGUCAAGGCACAAAAGUGGCGCUACAUUGUAUCCAGCUCCGCUCCGGUGGUUGCCUUAGCGAUGGACGGGGAGCCAGAACCAAACCCUGCCGUGGCAGACGAGGCAGCAGGGGAGCGGGUGGAGCCCAUGGAUGCCACUCCCUCCCCGAGCCACUGACCGCACCCGCCUCAGAGGAGGAGGCUGGGGAGGCGGUUUCCAUGGUAACGGAAGAAGAAGGUGAUGAAGCCACGAAGGAGGGCGGUGACGAGGAGGAGGAGGAGGACAAUGACGAUGAUGACGUGGUUCUCGUAGGGGAGGAGGAGGAUCCACAGCCUUCUGCCGCCACCGUCGCCGUCGCCGUAGACACGCCCAGCACAGACGGCCUGGAGACGGCCGAGACUGUGGACAUGUCCCGGGAAAAAAGUCCUGCGUCUUCCAGCCCGACCGCAGUGUUGGCGGCGGCCGCUCAACCUCCCGCCACAGAGGCAGAGCCCAUUGUCAUUGACGAUGAGGAGGACGGCGAGCAGAGAGAUGCUUCCUCACCGGCGCACCCCGGGGGCUCCUCAGAGUCCCGAUCGCCGGCGGCACUCAGCAGCACCGAGCCGGACUCAGAGAUCAGGAUCGCCAGCGUCACCACGCUGGGCUCAGGAGGAGAGAAAGGAGGCUCCACUGGUUCAAAUACGCCGCCACAUCUGGAGGACGUCCAGGAAGACAUGACGCUGGUGAUAACCUCGGUGACGUCGCUGCAGGGUGGAGCGGCGGCUGUGACAGCGGCAGGUGAAGGCCAGCCGGAGGAAAACGGUCUCCAGAUCGGCAGUGCGUUCAGCCUGAAUCCAGACACCCCAUCUGGUCGACCUACAGCCUCCUUUAACCCCGGGAGGGGCUCCGGGCCCGUGGGCCAGCUGGUCCAGAACGGAGACACGGGGACGCACAACAGAGCAGACUCGUGGAUCUCCCAGUCGGCUUCGGUCCCCCGUAACCAGAAACAGACGGGGGUGGACUCUCCGUCACCGGCCUCCUCCCUCCCUAAACCUCCAGGACAGUCUUCCUCGUCCACUUCCUCCUCAGGCUCACAGCCACAGCCCCGGACGGUCAAGGUGACCUGUGCCAACUGUAAAAAGCCUCUGAAGAAAGGCCAGACGGCCUACCAGCGUAAAGGCUCCACACACCUGUUCUGCUCCACCACCUGCCUCUCUGCCUUCUCACACAAACCCGCCCCCAAGAAGAGCUGCACCAUGUGCAAAAAGGACAUCACGAACAUGAAGGGAACCAUCGUGGCCCAGGUCGACUCCAGCGAGUCCUUCCAGGAGUUCUGCAGCACCGGCUGCCUCGGUGCGUACGAGAACAAGCAGAACCCGCCCAAAUCGGGGAUCAAGACCAAAUGCACCGUCUGCGGCAAACUCACAGAGAUCCGUCACGAGGUUAGCUUUAAGACCGUGACCCAUAAGAUCUGCAGCGACACGUGUUUCAACGUUUACCGCCGGGCCAACGGGUUGAUCAUGAACUGCUGCGAGCAGUGUGGCGACUACCUGCCCAGCCGAGCGUCAGCCAACCACUUCCUGCUGGUGGAUGGCCAACAGAAACGCUUCUGCUGCCAGAACUGCAUCAGGGAGUACAAGCAGAUUCACAGUAAACUUGCGACCUGCCUGACUUGCAAAACGCUGAUCAAGACCGGCGAGGUUCUGCACAGCCUCGGAGCGGCCGGCACCAUGGGCUCCUACUGCUCCGUCAACUGCAUGAACAAGGGCAAGCUGGCGUCGACCUCCUUCAUCACCACUGAGCCGUCGUGUCACUUCUGUAAGAGGAACUCGUUGCCUCAGUACCAGGCAACACUGCCGGAGGGAAACAUCCUCAACUUCUGCAGCUCACAGUGUGUCACAAAGUUCCAGAACGCUACUCUUCAAACGGCCACCAACGGACAGACGGCGCUCUCCACAACAAACAACGUCAGCGUCCAGCUGAAGUGUAACUACUGUCGAGGAGCGUUCAGCUUGAAGCCCGAGACUCUGGAGUGGGAGGACAAAGUUUACCAGUUCUGCAGUAAGACGUGCUGCGAGGACUACAAGAAGCUCCACUGCAUCGUGACGUUCUGCGAGUACUGCCAAGAGGAGAAGACGCUGCACGAGAUGGUCAAGUUCUCCGGAGUCAAGAGACCUUUCUGCAGCGAAGGCUGUAAGCUGUUAUUCAAACAGGAUUUUAUAAAGCGGUUGGGUCUGAAGUGUGUCAGCUGUAACCACUGCAACCAGCUGUGUAAGAGAGGUUUGACCCGGCAGCUCGGCGGCAUGACGCGGGACUUCUGCAGCGAGGCCUGCGCCAAGAAGUUCAACGACUGGUACUUCAAGGCGGCGAGGUGCGACUGCUGUAAGGUUCAGGGGAACCUGACGGAGUCGGUGAUGUGGAGAUCAGAGAUGAAGCAUUUCUGUGACCAGGAGUGUUUGUUAAAGUUCUACUGCCAGCAGAACGAGCCCAUCAUGGUCACACAGAAAGGGCCCGAGAACUCCACCCUGGGGUAUGAAAUGCAAGGGGCCAAACUCGGGCUGGUGAACCAGGGCACGGUGGCGUACGCCGGCGGAGGUCUGAUGAGAGACGUCAAGAACAAGGCGGUUCUCUGCAAGCCGCUCACGCUGACCAAGGCCACCUACUGCAAACCUCACAUGCAGAGCAAACUCCUACAGACAGAUGUAGACGAUGGUGUGAAGAGGGAGUAUAUUCCUGUACCCAUACCCGUGCCUGUCUUCAUCCCCAUGCCCAUGAAUAUGUACUCUCAGAUCACUCCCACUCCAGUCUCUCUGCCGAUUCCGGUCCCCGUCCCCGUGUUCCUGCCCACCACCCUGCAGGGGGCGGAGCAGAUCAUCCAGACCAUCAAGGACCUGAAGAACAAGGUGCCCUCCGACCCGCUGGAGGCCGACCUGCUCUCCAUGGCUGAGAUGAUCGCAGAGGACCAGAAGCCAGACGUUAAGAUGGUGAAGGUGAAGUCGGAGAACAGAGAGGAGGAGGCCUCCAGCAGCAGCCCUGAGGAAGAGGAGAAGCAGGAAGAGGAGAAGCAGGAGAAAAAGGAGGAGGAGCAAAAGAAGCAGGAGAAAAAGGAGACGGAGGAGGAAAAGGAGGAAAAGGAGACGGAGGAAGAAAAGGAGGAAAAGGAGAUGGAGGAAGAGAAAGAGGAAAAGGAGACAGAGGAAAAGGAGACAGAGGAAAAGGAGACAGAGGAAAAGGAGACAGAGGAAAAGGAGAAGGGGGAGGAAGAUAAGAAAGAGGAGGAGCAGGAGGAGGACAAGUACGAGCCCGACCUGGACCUGGAGGCAGACUUCACUCAAGCCUCAGACCCGGUCCCAGUCAUGGAGGGAAUGGACGAGGACAUGGGCUUCUCUCUACCUCCAGUUCUGGCCGAGGAGUCGGAGCAGUCGGCACCUAAACCACAGUCCAGGAGACAAGGGAACAAGAAGAGGGCCUUGGAGGAGGGCUCAGAUCAGACCUCGUCCACUUCCUCCCAUCCAGCAGACAGACGCUCAGAAGGAAGGUCGCUACCUCUCAAAGCUCGCUACGGCGUCAACGCCUGGAAACGCUGGGCGCUGUCUCCCUCUGACCAAUCAGAAGACACCAAAGUAAAGGACGGCUCCAAACCUGCUCGGUCUAAAAGUAACCUGCUGUCGCUGAGUUCAGAGGAGCUGAACGCGGCUCUGUCCAGGUUCGUCAGGGAGGUCUGCAGGCCGGGGGGAGAGCGCUACUCUCCAGACAGCAUCCUCUACCUCUGUCUGGGGAUCCAGCAGCAUCUUCACACCAAAGGCCGGACGGAUGACCUGUUCAGUGACCCGAGUUACCGGCAGUUUGGAGAAGAGCUCAACAAAGUCCUGAAGGACUGGCAGCCCAGCGUGCUCCCUGAUGGCUCCCUGUGGGGUCGGGUGGAGGAGCAGAGCCUGUGGAGCAGCCGGCAGCUCGGCGAUCAGAGUCCGGCCGCUCUGCUUCGCUCGCUGGUCUACCUGAACACCAAAUACUUCGGCCUGCGUACGGUGGAGCAGCACCUCCGCCUCUCCUUCGCCAACGUCUACGGGCCCGACACCGUCCAUCCUGUCACCAAGGAGACCGCCGUCUGCAUCCGCGUGCCUUCCAUCUCUCAGGACCACAACGUUCAGACGGAGUCGAGGAAGAGGAAGCGUACGUUGCAGGACGGCGAUCAGGACUACGAACCAGACGACGACUCAGGAGGCUCGGCGGUUCGAUGCCCGGUUAAGAAGCACGAGUGUCACCUGUACGAACUCUACAGAUCAAAGUGCCCGGCGUCAUUGCGGGAGCGUCUGGACUUCUUCUACGUUCAGCCGGAUCCGGCGUGCGGUCCCGAUGACCCGCUGUGGUUCAGCUCCACGCCGCUGGAGCGACAGCUCCUGGAGAGCCUCCUCACCAGAGUCCUCCUGGUCCGGGACGUUUACACGGACAAACAACACCCGGAGGAGGAGAGGGAGGAGGAGAGGGAGGAAGAGGACGGGGGAGAAGAAACAGUUGUGGGAGAGUAGCUGUGGUUUGACUUCCUUUAGCAGAGCCAUGAACUGUCGGCCGGGGAGGAAGAGGAUGAUGGCUAGAUAUGUGUCCUCCUCCCCUGUCUUCAACCCUCCUCCUGGUGAGGAGCGUCCACAACAAAGUAGGAUGAAGAGCAGCCCCAAACUUCUCCUUCAGCUGAGGGAGAGAAAAGUUGUAAACCAGAAGAGGACCGGCACAAAUUAGUCCUUUUUUAAUUAAAGAUGAUGAUGAGGAGCAAAAGAGGCGAAGCUGCAAAUCUAGUAGAAGAGGGUGGUGUGUUUGUAGUGCUCAGAUAAACUAUAUUUAAACUUUUAACACGGAAUCAUGCUUUAACAAAUGUUAUCAGCAGCCACCAGGGGGCGAUGAGGAGGUGAAGGGACAGAUACGUCCUCUCUGCUUCACCUCCUCCUCCUCAUCGCAAUGAAUUGAAAAUGAGGAGUGCUUUGACGUUUCAAGAGAGUAACUUGAAUUAAAGAGGGGAAGACGAGAAUCAUGGCCCCAGAAGAGGAAGAAGUAAGUUUGAGGCAGCUGGUAGGUUGAAACUGAUGGUAGUUCAGUUUGUACAAAAAAUAGAAACACAGGUAGAUUAUUUUUGGGGUAAACUAAGCAGCUAAUCAUAGUUCUACUUUACAUUUCAGAUUUCUAUUAUAAAGGAUGAAUGAACACUAAAAAUAAAUAAUGCAGACAGAUGGAGAGAUCCAGGUUUGAACCCUGCCCAUCAGUGAUGUAAUGUGAAUGGUAUAUUCACAUUUAACAAAUGUUUGGUUUAAGAUUUAAAGGUUGUGUGAGUUUUUCAGACUUCUGCUCAGGAGAGACCUGCAGAGUUUAAAAGAUGUAAACGCUUCCUCUUCAGUUUCUUUAAACUCAGUCUUUAGAUGAUCAUCAGUACUUUAAAACUGACACUUUGUAGCACUAAGUGUGUCAAAAGUCCGACAAGUUCAGACAUUUUGCAAUGUUGGAUCUUUCUACGAUGCAUUAUUUUCUGCAUGAUGACAUUUCCAACUCUCCACCAUGUCUUGAACGCAGCGUAGAUUCCUCCUCCCAGUCAGGGCGAUUCACUGGUUUCACUCCUCAUAACUGGGGCUGCUUUCAUUCCUCCACCAUCAUCCCACUCGCUGCUCUUCCUCUGUCACCAUCUGCUCUCAGGCGACAUCCCCCCCCCACAGAGGACUUCAGGAAGUUGGGGCUGAUCCCAGAACAGUCAAGAGGAGCCGACACCUCCCCGACAUGCUGCGUGUCUUUAUAGGACUUUAGGAGAACCUUCAUUCAUGCGAUGUAGCAUCAUGAGCGUAGGAACGUUUCUGAAGUGUAAAUAUCUCCUGAAACGAGUUAUGAGUUGACAGAAAAAUCACCCACUGAAACCUUCAGCUUGAAUAAAAACACGCCUCCCCACAAGCCUUUUUUUAAAACACAGACUGAUUAUUUAUUUACCUUUUUAUUAGUUUGACUGUAUCCUCUUUAUUCUUUUUUAUUUUUAUGGGUUCCACUUCCUUAACAUUGAAAACCUGCUGCUGUCCGUCACCUCUCUGUCAUCCAUUAAAAACAUUUUUAUUUUUUGUGAUAAAACAUGAAGGACACGGAUUAUUCAGAGCUCAAGAGACUAUUUUUGAAUGUUUCCUUUCUGCUUUUGUCUUCGUGUUUGUACCUUCCGGCUUCUCCGUUACUCUUAGUCUCCUUUUUAAACUUUAAUAUCUGUUUUAGUUUAAAAACUGAGCACUUCUUCUUCCAAGCUGUAUUUUAGAGUGCAGAGCAAAAGUUUAUAUUGUGUAAAUGAUUGGGUUGGACAUUUCAAUUUUAUUCUUCAUGAUUUUGUUUUACACUAUCCAUUGUUUAUUUCUUUAUUUUUUAUUUUAUUUAUGUGGUUUUUUAUUUGAAUUUCUGAAUGUUUAAAUAAAUUUGGAGAAAGUGUCAUCAAGUUUUAAAAUCAAUUGAAAGUUUUUCCUUCAAAUAGGGAGAAUAUUCUUGAAACGUAAAGCUAAGAUUGACAAAAAAUAUCCCCUCCAGAUGUUUUUUGUUUGACUCACCAUUAACACAAGGUUUUAAAUUUGAUUUCUCAUGACUGAAGUGGAUUAAAACCAGUGAACGACGUCAGAGAAAACACUUUAUUUUAUCUAAAGAGCGGUUGUUCCUGUUAUUUUGUCCACUCGACUAGAAGUGCAGCGUCAUAUUUCAGGAAGACAAAGGUUUUAUGGUUUACGGAGAAAGCUGAUCUGGAUUUCUGACACCAGAUCAGCUCCGAAAACCUUUUUAAAAGCAGCCCGGAUCAGAGGACCCGGGUUAACAUGGCUGAUAUUUUAAUUUUUAAUUUUUUUUGGGCUGGACUCGAGAGGCAGCGACCGCCCCUCAUGUGGACGCUGUGGCUGGCUCUAAAGCCUAAUGUGAAUGUGCCUAUCUGUAAAUACUGAAAGUGAGUGACUGUGAGUCUGAUGCUAUGUGUGUGGGCUGAUCUGCUGAUAC